UCAGUUCCGUUCCGCGACAAAAAUCAUUUUUUUCUGUCAUUCCCAUUUCAUUUCAUUUUAUCGCACGUCACGUAAUAUCGUGGUAUUAUUACGGAAGCAAUAAUGUGUAGUGAAAAGUUAUUAAUAUUAAAUUUUGUUAAAGACUUUUGGGAAAGUGUACGCCGGUAAAUAAUAAUCCUUUAAUAUUUCCUUGAAAGAUGCUAUUUGAAAUUUGUCUGUGAUCUAGUUUAUUCGUCAUCAUGACUACAAUGAAGAAUCCAAAUUCAUCAUCGAAUAAGUUAGCACUACUUAGCCACAUUAAGUACGAACACCUGGUAGCUGGCAUAUCAGGUGGAGUGACUUCUACAUUAAUUUUGCACCCGUUGGACCUCAUCAAAAUUAGAUUUGCUGUGAAUGACGGCAGGACUGCAACAAUCCCGAGAUAUGAUGGGCUAGGCAGCGCUUUCGUAACUAUAGUUAAGCAAGAAGGUGUGAAGGGCCUCUAUAGAGGUGUCACGCCUAAUGUAUGGGGCUCUGGAUCAGCAUGGGGCUUUUAUUUUUUAUUUUACAACGCAAUCAAAACCUGGAUACAAGGUGGCAAUGCGCGGACUCCACUAGGGCCAGGAUUACAUAUGCUAGCAGCGGCCGAGGCAGGCAUCCUGUCAUUGGUGAUGACCAAUCCCAUCUGGGUGGUAAAAACCCGUCUAUGUCUGCAGUACAGUGAGGAUCAUAUGGCAGAACACAAGCGGUAUAGAGGCAUGGUCGACGGCCUCACUAAGAUCUACAGAACUGAGGGCAUCAGGGGACUCUACAGGGGCUUCGUGCCAGGAAUGUUUGGGGUGUCGCACGGUGCGCUGCAGUUCAUGACCUACGAAGAGAUGAAGAACCGCUACAACCAGUACAGGAAUCUGCCCAUCGACAUAAAGCUGACGUCCGCGGAGUACCUGACGUUCGCGGCGGUGUCCAAGCUGGUGGCGGCGGGCGCCACGUACCCGUACCAGGUGGUGCGCGCGCGGCUGCAGGACCAGCGGCGCGCCUACUCGGGCGUGCUGCACUGCGUGCACGACACGUGGAGACACGAGGGCUUGGGGGGGUUCUACAAGGGGCUGAAGCCGAGCCUCGUGCGCGUGGUGCCCGCCACCAUGAUCACCUUCCUCACGUACGAGAACGUGUCCCACUACCUGCUGCACCGCGCCAGGGAAGCCACGCUCUCCACGUAGAUUAAUCUACACACCCCGUUAGCAGUGGCGGACUAACCCCGUCGGGGGCCCGCGGCAUCAGGCUCGGACCUACAACUUUUUCCCACCGAGCCAGAAACUGCUAUUACGUCUUCUAAAACUACGAAACUUGACAUAAGAAAGAUACAGCUGUACAACCCCAAUUCAUGAUUCAGGGAACUUGCAGCCAUUUGAAAGCCACCAAGACAGCCCUCCGCCUUCCUUAGUCCGCCACUUCUUCGCCGAAUCUCAACUACUUGCAUUGUGGCAUAGUACGAUGUACUUAAAGUCCAAUAUCAUUAUAUAUAUGUAAUAAUUGAUAUUAAACUUAAGGUAGAUAGUACAAUGGCAAAAUGAAAGCAGUCGAAAUUCUAUUGAGAUGCGAUUAUUACGUUAACAUUAGGAAUUGGCGUGCAGCACACGUCGAACGACCAACAAGAGAACGUUUAGUCCAUAUCCAAACGCCACUUUUCUCGGGUGCGUCGAUACAACAUCUGUCAACAGAGUGACAUUUUGAAUAGACAGCGAUUCUCGAGUUUGUCUUGCUACGCGUGCUCUACGACGACGCGAUGGGCUUCGAUUUGGCUGACAUCGGAUUGAAUCAAAAUGCACUCGACGUACAUUAUUGUAUUGUUAGAUUCGUUUUGAUGGAAUCCAUUAUCAACCAAAUCGAAGACAAUGUUAAACGAUAUGCCUGCAGGGUAUAACAAAGACAAAAAAAAAACCAAUUUAACAAAUACAAGUGGCAUAGUAUCGAGCUCCGGCUCGGCUCCUUAUGUAUCGAGUAGUAACAUAUUUUUCCAAAACUAG